CCGCCGCCAUGUUGCGGGCUCGGGGCCGUGCGGCGGAGCUGGCGGCGGAGGCGGCGGUGCGGGGGCUGCUGCUGGCCGCCUUCGUGGUGAUGGAGUUCCUGCCGCCCUUCCAGCGAGUGCUGCAGCCCGAGGAGAUGUGGCUCUAUAAGAACCCCUACGUCCAGGCGGAUCACGUCCCCACCGUGCCCAUGCUGUUCAUUGCCUUUCUGUCCCCCUUAUCAGUCAUUUUCCUGGCGAGGCUCUUCAUGAACGCUGACCAAGAUGACACAAGGGAAGCCUGCCUGGCUGCCAGCCUUGCUCUCACCCUGAAUGGGGUCUUCACAAAUGCCUUGAAGCUCGUUGUGGGCAGGCCUCGGCCAGACUUCUUCUACCGCUGCUUCCCGGACGGCCGUGCCAACGCCCAGCUGGCCUGCACCGGCGACGCUGCCGCCGUGGCCGAGGGCCGCAAGAGCUUCCCCAGCGGGCACGCCUCCUUCGCCUUCUCCGGCCUGGCCUUCUCUGCCUUCUACGCCGCGGGGAAGCUGCGCAGCUUCGCGCCGGGCCGGGGCGCCAGGGCCCUGCGCCUCUGCGCCUUCCUCCUGCCCCUCUUCCUCGCCACCCUCAUCGCCGUGUCCCGCACCUGUGACUACAAACACCACUGGCAAGAUGUGUCAGUUGGCUCAGCAAUGGGCUUGGUGCUUGCCUACCUCUGCUACAGGCAGUACUACCCUGCUCUGACAGACUCCUCCUGCCACCAGCCAUUCCUGCACAAACCCAGGCAGCUGCCAGCACACCCAGAGAAGGCUGCAGCAGCUUCCAGCUUCGGGCUGGAUGUGUAGAGACAGCUCUGUCCUGUCCUGCCAGCAGCUCCCCUGCUGCUCCUCCAGUGCUGGGGCAGGGGGAGGCUCUGGGGAGCCCCAAGAAGUGGCUGCAGCCAGGAUGGACCUGAAGGCCAAGCAGCGCUGAGCUGUCCUGCUCAGGGGGCUGUGCUGCUUCAUGACCCCAGUCCUGGGGGUGCCUCUCUCUUCAUGCCUGCUUGAAGUGUUCCUUAUGCCAGCCUGAGGGAGGGCAGCCCAGUGCCAAGGCUGCUGAAGGAAGAACUGGAGCAGUGGGACAG